GAAAAUUCAGACAAUUUCCACCGUGAAAACCUAAUUGCACAAUUAUUCUGAAAAGUAGAGAACCAAUGGUGCAAUUUCCGUUAAAGCAAAAACCGUAUAAGAUAUUUAUCUAUUAGUCGAGUAGAGACUCCUUUGGCUCCGGUCCUGUACCUUUCCCCGAGCCGCCGUUCAUCUUCUUCCUCCAAACCCUCAAUUCUUCUUCCGAUUUUGGAUUUCAAUAGCCGUCGCAAAAUGUCUGGUGCCCCCCUUGACAUGACUCUAGAGGAUCUAAUCAAGAGUAAUAAGAAAUCCGGCUUCCGAGGCAGAGGCCGCGGAUCAAGCUCCGGAUCCGGUCCGGGCCCCAAUCGCCGUUUCUCCAACCGCUCUGCCAAUCGCGCUGCUCCCUAUGCCGUCGCCAAGGCACCGGAGUCUACUUGGGGACAUGACAUGUUUUCCGCUGCUGCUGGUCGAGGGUCGAAUAUUGAGACUGGAACGAAGUUAUACAUUUCGAAUUUGGACUAUAGCGUUUCUAUUGAGGAUAUUAAGGAACUGUUCUCAGAAGUUGGUGAUAUGAAACGAUAUACGGUACACUAUGAUAGGAGUGGGAGAUCAAAGGGUACAGCGGAAGUUGUCUUCUCAAGAAGACAAGACGCAUUAGAUGCUGUGAAGAGGUAUAAUAACGUUCAGCUUGAUGGGAAACCGAUGAAAAUAGAGCUUGUAGGAACUAACCUUGCUACUGCUGCUGCCAUUCUUCCACCCACUGGUGCUUUUGGUGAUGCAAAUGUAGUUCCUAGAAGAGAACAAAGAAGGGGUGGUGGGUUUGGAAACUCGCGUGGCGGUGGACGGGGUCGUGGAUUUGGAAGAGGCCGCAGACAAGGAAGAGGCCGUGGUGAGAAGGUAUCUGCUGAAGACUUGGAUGCUGAUUUGGAGAAGUACCAUGCUGAUGCAAUGGAAACGAAUUGAUUUGAUAUCAUUUAUUGGUUCACUUUCUGCAUCUACAGCGACAGUCUGUUGACUGAUGCAAAAGGUUCCAAAUAUCUGGUAUGUUUGUCAACAUUCAGCUCUUUUAAAGAAGAUAGUGUACUCUAGGAGUCGAACAUUGGUUCCUGGAACUUUGUUUCUUUUCUUGAUUGUACCUUUCAUUUGGAUAUGUUACAUGGAUCGAUAAACAGGUGUGUGUAUUAUAGGGUUUCAUAUAAUAAGACUUGACACAGUUUUAUGCUAGUUAUCAACCUGCCUUCACCUCCCUCACGCAGGCUUGGGACCACCUAUGAUUAUGUAUUGAUUAUUGAAUCGACAUUAUGUUAUAUUAGCUUGUCAAGUUUCAGUUCAA